GAGUUGGAACGACGACGUCUAGCGCGGCGGACUCGCGAGCUCACUCCACAUCGCGCGCUGUGGCGCGCCCUCGUUUCGUCCAUUCAUUGCCGAUUUACCCGCAACAGCGGCACGACGUAAUCUUGCCGACGCGUCUUCCUAUUUUAAAAUAAAACUAUUAUUUUUUAUUUCAUAGUUUAUCAUAAUACUGAUAAACUUUACCGUGUGAACUCCGGACGCUAAAUCCGGAAGCGAAGUCGAGAAAUAAACAUAAAUCUUCACUUUGCAUAAAGUUUUCUGCAAUCGUUGCAAACUCGCUUUCAGCAACGAAGUUUGUUAAAAGUCUCUCUCGACCCCACGCGUUUGGGUACUCCUGUGUUAAUAUAACUUCGAUUUAUAAUUUCAUUAGAGGUGGAUCCGAGAAGAAGCGAAAAUGUCGAAAAAACAUCUUCACAACCAAGCUGCAAUACCGUUAGCUCCGGCGGUAUUUAAGAAACCACAAAUGCGGCCGAUGAUAGCCGAAUAUGACCCCAAGAAAAAAGGAGUCAAAAAUGAUUUGUCAGAUGUCGUUAUGGUCAAAUACAAAGUUGACCCAAAUGAGAUCCCUGUGGAACAACAAGCGGGAUCCACCCUGCCUCUUAUGGAGAUCCCUGGGCGUGAUAUAGAGGCUGACGAGGAUUACAACCCAUUUGAGCACCGAAAACUUGCACAUCCUACGUCGGACUUGGAUACCCUCAUUCAUUUGCUGAAGGGGUCUUUAGGCAGUGGCAUCUUGGCUAUGCCUAUGGCGUACCUCAACGCUGGUCUUUACUUUGGUCUUGUGGCUACGUUCACCAUCGGAGGCAUCUGCACCUACUGCGUCCACGUCUUGGUCAAGACCGCGCACGAGCUCUGCAGGAGGUGCCAGAAACCGUCUCUUGGAUUUGCUGAGACUGCCGAAGCCGCCUUCCUCUCAGGACCACCAGCUGUUCACAAGUUCUCGAGACUUGCUAAAGCAAUGGUCAACUGGUUUCUCGUGAUAGACUUACUUGGAUGUUGCUGUGUGUACAUAGUAUUUGUCUCGAAGAAUGUCAAACAAGUAGUUGACUACUACUGCGAGGGAACUUCCUACGAAAAAAUGGAUCUUCGGAUAUAUAUGGCUGCCAUGCUGCCCAUUCUUAUUGCGAUGAACAUGAUCCGGAACCUGAAGUAUUUGGCCCCGUUUUCAAUGAUUGCUAAUCUUUUAGUUGGUACUGGAAUGGGCAUCACUUUCUACUAUUUGUUUCAAGAUUUGAAAAGCGUUAGUGAUGUAAAGACCUUUGCUGGUUUUGAACGACUACCGACCUUCUUCGGCACUGCUAUCUUCGCUCUGGAAGGCAUCGGUGUGGUCAUGCCGCUUGAAAACAACAUGAAGACCCCUACUCACUUUAUUGGAUGUCCCGGCGUUCUAAAUACUGGCAUGUUCUUCGUGGUCUCACUUUAUGCAUUUGUCGGGUUCUUUGGAUACCUGAGAUAUGGAGACCAGACUCAGGGCAGCAUCACCUUGAACUUGCCAGAGUACGAAGUACUUGGACAAAGCGUGAAGCUCAUGAUCGCUGUAGCCAUUUUCUUCACCUACAGUCUUCAGUUCUACGUGCCUAUGGAGAUCAUAUGGAAGAACGUGCGACAUUUCUUCGGAGCCAAGAAGAAUCUCGCUGAAUAUAGUAUUAGGAUUACUUUAAUCGUCAUGACUCUGGGCAUCGCUAUCGCUAUCCCUAACUUGGGGCCUUUUAUCUCACUGGUAGGUGCAGUUUGCCUUUCAUUCCUAGGUCUGAUCUUUCCUGCCGUAAUCGAAACUGUCACUUAUUGGGACCGACCAAACGGCCUCGGCCGCUUCAACUGGGUUCUAUGGAAAAAUAUGUUUUUGGUCUGCUUUGGUAUUCUUGGAUUUUUGACAGGUGCUUAUGUGAGCAUUCUGGACAUAAUAAAAGGAGAUGAUGCUUAAUGGAAAUGUGCAGAAUAAUCCAAUUGAUCACUUAAUAUUCAUGUCAAAAAUGAAAAUUUAUAAUAUUAAUUGACGGCUAAGUUUUAUUAAGUAUAUUUAUUUUUAUUCGCUUUUAAUCUUCUUUAUGUUUUUUAUAUAUAUUAUGAUUUUAAAGAUUAGCAAUGAUAAAUUGUGACAUUUUAAAAAGCCUAAGUAAUGCUCAAAAUACUUAUUUUGAGAUUAUAUUAAUUCAGUAACUUCAGUCUUAGUUAGCAGUUUAUGUUUCGACUCCCCUGUUGUUUGUCCUGUUGCCCCCGAAAAUCUGUAGCCAUUUUUAUUAGAAAUAAGAAAAUGUAGAAACCUACAUGGCGACAACUUUUUUAAAUGUGUGAGAAUUAUUCUAGUGCAUUAUCGAAAUGUGAUACAACUUUAGGUUAAAUAAUAAAAACAUUGCACAAUAGCUAAUAUAUAACAUAAGUAAAUAGAAUUUGUUUGGAUAUAUACUAAAAAUUUAAAGUGGUUAGCGAAGUUAAUUGGACCAUUUAAUCCGUUAACUUUGCUAGUUUAACUUUGAAUGUGUUACAUUUUUUGGGGAAUUUGAAUACAUUAGAAGCAUUGUUAUGAUAAAUAUAUGAUAUAUGAUGGCAUUUCCAUUACCAAAAAUAUUGGCUUAGGUAGAGUAGAAUUUUUCAUAUCGUGCUUUUUCGAGAAAUUGUGAACAAAAGCCUUUUGUUGUAGGUAUCCUAGGUAAUAUCGGGGACGGCUCUAGUUGACUCGGCUGAUCUUAUUCAUGUGAGAUUAUUUUUCUAAGACCUUUUUACUAACAUAAUUCGGUGCAGGUGACCUGCAUUGUGCAUCCCCUUAGGGCCGUCUCUGACAGAUUAUAAUUUAAAGCAAAGUAAGAUUUAUUCUGCAGAUCAUAAAAUGUAGAAUUAAAAUUAUAGUGAGAAAAUUAUCUACGAUGAUUCAAUAAAUUGUAUUGUCUGUUUAAUUGUAUUGGAUAAAAAAUGUCUUUUAUUCCGAUUUGAUUAAAUUAGACACCCACGAAUUUUUAUCAAUUUUGAAUACCUUUUUGAACCAUAUGAUGUGGAAUGAAGUUUUAAGGUACCGUAAUACCUGUCUCAAAAAUAUUGGAAACGUUGAAAUAUUAGUAACUCGUAGAUAAAUAUCAAGUUAUGUUCCUUUCAUGUGAGUCGAGUUUUGAUAUUUAUUUUUUAUAACCGACAGAGUGAUUGAGGUGCGACGAUAUAUAAAUUAAGUUUAAAAUUAGAUAAGACUAAAAAGUGAAUAAUUAUACACGGAAUGAUUGCUAUCUAAUCUGGGCCCUUUUGCCUGUGAUUUUAUAAUUAUCAUUCUUUAGAUGUUAAGUGUUAAUCUUGCGGAGGGAGGGUUGCGCCUACCCCCAAGUGGUUAUGAUCUUUGAUAUGUACAUUCAAUCCAAACCUUUCUGGGUGAGGAUAUAGUGGUGAUGUCCAUGUUCUGUAAUGAACUAAAAAUAUAUUAUUAUAAUUUUUAUGAUAUAAUUGACUAAACAAUCAAACUGUCUAGAAAACAAUCUCAUUGUGACAUUGUUAGCAUCAGCUUAGAUGCUCUAUAAGUGACAACAAAUGUACACCCGUCUUUUCAUCUCUGAUAUUCGCAUUGUUUACAGACAGAUACCCAGUUUCUAAGCCAGGAAGAAAACUGAUUUACUCCCUACGUAUAACUACUCGUGUUGAAGUAACUUGUAAUUAUUUCAUGGUCAUAAUGCUUACACUGUGAAUGCGAUAACGGAAAAGUUCGAAACAUUUUUUUAAUUACAGGCUCAUUAAAAAGAGCUUCAGAAAAGCUUUAGCCAGUGAGAGGGUUGAGCUCGCUUUGUAAGGCUAAGAUCCUUUUUGAAUAAAAAAAAAAUUUUUUUUCGAAAAUUAAGAAAUCAAAUAAUUUUUCUAAGUAAAUCUCGAAUUUCUUUUUUUACAAUCGUGUAUAGAAAGGCAAUUUAAAUAAAUAUUUGUUAGUUUAUUGAUUAAAAAAAGGCUUGGCUUUUAAUCCGGUUCGAGCUUUAAAAAUGAUUCAAGCAAAAUGGUUCGAGUUUCCAUAAAUAUUUUCCUUUUGAAAAACACAAGGGUCACAGUACUAGUAUUUAGUGCUUUAGACAUCACAUUAUAUAAAAUAGGUUAUUUUAUAUAAUGUGGUCGUCCAAAUCAACAUUACAGCAUUGAAGAUGUUGUCGUUGUUUCUACUUGGCUGAAAAACUGAGUUUUCUGUUUAUUGUAGCUUGUAGUGAUUUUAUUACAGUUAGGCCGUAUUCGGAUGAGCGGAAAUUACACGUCGCGUUGAAAUUCCGUGUUUGCGAAUUUCAGCUUUGUUGUCAUAUAAAUAGAGUCCAAAUAUGUUGAGCGAUUAUUUUCGAUGUUAAUUAUUGCAUUUACCUCUUUGAGCUUUAGGUAUUAUCUACGACUACAAAGCUUAAUUCACCACAAUGGAAUUCGAAGACGUUGGAAUACUUAGUUGGGUGAAUUUCACGACUGUUUGAAUGCGACGUGUAGCGUUUCAUUAGUGUCGCACAUUUUUUAUAAAUAAAGAUUUUAAAAAAAAUUAAACAUGAAUUACAUCAUAAUUACACCAUAUUAUAAAGUUAACAUUGUACCAGUACUUUACUUAUUUAUAAAAUAAGAUAAUUAAAUUGAUUACUGUGUAUGGUAUAAUUUAAUAAACACUAAUGACAGCUCACAGCGGCGUUCAAAACGCUCGUGAAAUUCAUCCAGUUACGCUCGUCUGACCGCGGCCUUAGCACGUGGCUCCGGUAUGCGAGCCAUCAGCGAAAAGUUGAAGGCGAAAUUCAAAAAAGGACUUGUGAUACCUUCUUGUUAAAAUAAAUAAAAGACAGCGGGUGACAGGGAUAGAAGAUGAGAACAGCGCAUGCUUUAGGUAUCUCAAUCGGCAUUCCGCUUUGGUGUAAAGUUCGCUUAAUUAAUAGGUAGGUACCUAUUUGUGAAACAAAAUCUAAUAGGAUUGUUAAAUCAAACCAUAAUCUUUUGAAUAAUUAUACAUUUAAUUGAAUUAAAUAAAAAGGAACUGGUAAUAUUAUGAAAUGAGUUCAUUCCGACAUGUAUUAUUGGUGUAUUGUGCCGAACUACCUAUUUUAGAUAGUCAUGGUUGUUUUGUUACAGUAUUAAAUAGAUCCGUUCUUGG